AUGGGUCAGUCUGGCAAGCGCUUGGAUCGGACAUUGGGGAAUAGGCGGUGGUCCGAGGCCUACCCACUUUCUAGGGUUUCCUAUAUGGCCAGAGGGAGAUCGGACCACAACCCUUUGUUGAUUCGAUGUGCAGGCUAUAGGGUUAGAUCGUCUUGCUUUCGGUUUCUUAAUGUUUGGCACCGGCACCCCCAGUUUCGGGAGAUAGUGUCGGAUGCAUGGAGUGAAGAGGUCUAUGGCAUGGAGAUGAGUCCCCAGGAGGAUAACGAGCUCAUGAAACGGCUUCCUACGAUGGAGGAAAUCCACGAGAACUUCUUCCAGGGUAUGGAGCAACCCAAGAGCUGGUCACACUCUAUGGUGGUGCUCAUCCCAAAAGUGGAGGUUACAUCCCAUUGGCAGGAUUUUCGGCCUAUUAGUCUUUGUAAUGUAAGUUCUAAGAUAGUGUCUAAGAUAUUGGCGAUCAGGAUAAGUAAGCUCCUCCCGAAGCUCAUUUCACCAUGGCAAACAAGGUUUGUUCCAGGACGAGGUAUAGUGGACAAUGUUCUAAAGGGUGCUCCAGGCACGUCAAGUGUUUUGAGUUGUUAA